AUGUCCGCCCAAGACACCAACCAAGCCGCCUUCCUCGAGGGCUACAAGGCUGGCCACCAGUCCGGCUUUCCAGCAGGUUUCCAGAUGUCAAUGAAAGCCGCUAUCAUGAUCAAUGCAAGUCCACCGGCCCCGAACCCACUGUUGAGCACAGUGCCGCCGACCGCAGCACCAACACAGCCUACCGCAGCGCCGAAAGGGCCGAGAUCAGAGAAGGGGCUCUCAAAGAAUGCGAGACGGAAGCAGAGGUGGAGGCAGCAGAGAAAUCAGGGGCGAAUCAAAGCAGACAUGCCCGCUCCUCUCGCACCCAAGCGCCAGACCGAGGAGAGCAAGCCAGCUAUUUCCGCUCCUCGCGCAUCCAAGCGCCGGAUCGAGGAGAGCGAUGGAGACUGGUCUGUCGCUGCGACCAAGCGCCGUUGUUUUGGAGGGCCCGCCGCCACCACUGUCGUCUCUACUGCUCGUUCGGUGCCUGCUGCCGGUGGUUUUACUGCUGCAUCUGUCAUUCUUGCCGCUCGUUCAGUGCCUGCCGCACCUGUCGUCCCUAGUCUCGUCAUGCGUAUUACCAACAAUGGGCUGGUAACAAGAGAGAUUGCGCCUGUAGCCUCCACUGCCCGCUUGGUGCCUGCCGCUGGUGGUUUUACUGCUGCACCUGUCGUUCUUGCCGCUCGUUCAGUGCCUGCCGCUCGUGGUGUCGCUGCCGCUGCUGUCGUCCCUGGCCCCGCCAUGCGUACUAUCAAUAAUGAGCCGGCAACAAGAGAGACUGUCAAUGGUAUCGAGAUCACAGGAUACAUGGGAUAG